AUGGAAGAAGCUCACAAGCCAGAGUAUCAACAUUUCAUUCCUCAGUUCCUACUGAGAAACUUCUCUCACAAAUAUGCACCCCCCGGAAAGUCUAAAGAGGGGAAAUCCAAGAAGCGCGACCACAAGAAGAAGAUGUACCCUGGAGACCAAGCGGUGAACAGCCUUUGCCUAUCUGAUGAUGAAUUUUCCUUUGAUGAAAGUUCGUUCGCCGUCUUUGAGAACAAAGCGAGCUGCAUCUAUCGCAAAAUUAUCAAGGCCUAUCAAGAUGGAAAGCCGGCUAUAUGGCUGAAGAGAACGGAGAAAGAUGUAUUGCGAAAGUUCGUUUUCUUACUCGCCGAUCGUGGAGAGCAAUACCACCGAAAGUACAACGUAGACAGCAUGCAGGAUUAUGAUGAUGGCGACAAGGAGCUUUUACAACACUACAUGACAAAGCACGGCUUCACCAAACCGAUUGAUGUCUGGUUUCAGAGCUUGGAGACGAUUAUAGAUUUGGACAUUGACACAAAGGGAUGUUGGAAACGGCACAUUUGCGAGAGCAUUUACUUCCCUAUUGCCGAUUCGUUCAUUGACCACAUCUGCGAUUUGUACAUGGCUAUCUGCACACCAGCAAACCAUGAUGAAGAGUUUGUUCUUACAGACAAUUGCUAUAACGUGCGUGAGGGGCGGACUGUUGCUUAUUUUGAUGUUAGUACAGGCAAGCAUACCAGUAUGGGUCCUUGCUUUCACAGAUUUGCACCGAUUUCUCCGAGGCUUAUAAUAGUCCUACGGUCUGCCUAUCUGCCUGAGCCCCUUGAGGAUGCGGAUCCGGCCAUUAAGGAGUGGCGGCAAUUCCAGAGGCAGCUGUGGAUUGACUCUCUCUAUGGCAAGAGCGGAAUUGAAUCUAUCCUGGAAGAUCUCCCUAUCCGAAAAGCAACAAAUAGCUAUAUGGAAAUAGUCAACGGGAGGCUAGCGCCAAGAUCUGGACGGAACCACCGCUUGGAUAUAAAUGACAGUUUCUGCUUUACAAUCUUCAAAAUACCUACUCGCCAUGUCCGAAUCAUCAAUGGCCUCCUAAUUGAUCACGCGUUCCAUGGCUCGAGGAUCAUUUUCAAUCGGAAAGACAUCUUCCUGGACUUGAUGGAAUGGUAUUUAACAGAACCGUGCGAGGUAGGGAAAAAUUUAACGGGAAAGAACGUACCUAAGCAGAUAAAGUACAUUGAAGGCUUGUCUCAGUUUAUGUUACGUGAAGGAAGGGAGAUUAACCCCAAAGUAAUCUUUUGGCCAAGUGAGGAUCGCGACCUGAAUCACUUCCAGCUUAAGAACAUUGCUGGAGCGCGGUUCUUGGAAGGGGCGAGGACAGGGAAGGACGGCAUGGGUUCUAAUUUUGACGAAAUUUAUGAAAGACUGGGUGGGACAGUGGCGACUUUUGAUGAAGAUAUGGCAAUAGCCAAUACCAUGCUCCAGAUCUGGACCAGAUGUGUGGAUUUAGAUUGGGAAUCCCCGGAAUAUGAAUCGAUUCGCCGUAACAAACUUGCCUGCCUUUUAGACGGGUAUCAACGGCAGUCAUGUUCUAGGUUUUGGAUGUUUUUAAAGUGGAUGAGGCUGGCCCAAGAAUGGGGCCUCAAGUCGAUACAAACCAUUGCACCAUUUUUUGGAGAAGCAUGCCGGGGAUCAGAGGACAUGCUUGCACAUGCACUCCCGUGCGAAGCGGAAAGCAUCAACGCAAUCUCCCCACCGGAAUCAGCGGUUCAAGUAUAA